AAUUAUUACAUGAUUUAUAAAUCACACUUUCUCUUCUGAUUUGUCAUUACAAUUAUUAUGUUGCUAUUGUUAUUUCAGACCAAUGUUUAAUUGAUUUCUUGAAUUUUCUAACCUUUAUAUCUGUACUCUAAUUCCUGCUAAAUCGCCUCAUAGGAUAAGAAUAAUAAAAGAGUACAGAUAAACUAACAUGGAAUAUAGGUUUCAUUACUAAGGUUCGACUUGAUAUUUCAAAUAAAUUGAGCAUCGGAAUCAUGAGCGAAUCAACAGUUAAAGGUGGCGUUAUAGACAAUUUGAGAAAGUUAACUACAAUGGAUGAUAGCUGCCCUAGUUGUCGUGCAGUCGGCUCAAUUAUCCCUUUAACCCUGUCUGCUUAUAUAAUGUAUGCGUGUAAGGAUCAAGCCUCCAAGUAUGCUGGUGUAAAAAAAGUGUCAUAUUUGACUCUAUGCACUAGUAUGUCAUUGGGUUUAUUGUACCUUGGAGGGAGUCAGUUCUCUCGAUGGAAUGAAAAACUAUCAAUGAAAGCCUCAUAGAUGAAUGUGUAUAACAUUUCAUCUUUUGUAAUGUUAUUUUACUUCGAAAAAAGCGUAGUUUCGUUAUUCAACAUCCUUUUUGUUAAAUUUAACCACGUUACGUAGUUUUUUUGAAUAAGUGUAUUCAUUAUUAUCAUACGAGACUUUCGAUUAAUAUAACUGUCACAUAUAUCU